AUAUAUGAUUUAUAAUCGUCAGCGUGCUGCUUGUGCAGGCAUAUGCUCGCCAAAAUAAGGUUAACGAAAGAUGUGUUUAUCAUAGGUACCCCUUCGAAGCAAGCCACUGUGGGUUUUCGAUCGAUCGCAACAUCGCUUUGGAUGACUCGAUUUCGCGCCUCCAUUGCACGCAUCCUAACUACACGCAUGUGAAUAAUAAACAGUGGUGGUAGCUAGACCGUUCCAUGCAAGCAUUUACCAACUGCGCAUGCUAGGCUAGGACCAUGGUCCGCUUGCAUAGGUUUGAGAAAGUUCUUACAGCUCAAAACGUCCUACCCUCAGUAUACAGGCGUGCCCGACUUCAAACCUGUGCGUCUUAGUUAACUAAUUUGUUGUUGGUUCUCUUUUGUUCCCGAAGCAAACAACUACAAAGAAGAAGCCUGCUCGUCCUUCAUCAAGGAGAUGUUGAAGUGUUGUGAAAAGUGGAAAACAAUGUCUGCUUGCUGCGCCGGGUUUCUUAAAGACGAGAAAUCGAAGUAGGUUGCAACCGUCCACGAGACAUCUUGGCGGGAUUUAGAAUUCGGGAGCGCUGGCCUUAGAAGUUUUUUCCAUCUGCCUGUGUUCCCCACGGUUCUUUUUUUCUACGGCCAUCAGAUUUAGGUGUCACAAUGGUGCAGCAGUCGAGCAGGUUCAACGUGGGCAAAGUGAAGCUCUACCACCACCUCGUGCUUGCGGGGCUCAUACGCGCCGGGCUGAUCGUCGUCGGGGAAUGGCAAGACCAGAACCUGCAAGUCAAGUACACCGAUGUCGAUUACCACGUCUUCACCGAUGGCGCUGCGUACGUGGCCAAGGGGGAGUCGCCGUUCCUGAGGGAGACUUACCGGUACAGUCCCCUGCUGGCCAUGCUUCUUGUUCCGAACGUGCUUCUUCAUCCGGCCUUCGGAAAAGUACUCUUCUCUGCCGUAGAUGUCCUGGUUGGCUACUACGCCUAUCACAUCGUGCGGACGGCCAAGUUCAGUGAACGCAAGGCUGUGCUUUGUGCCUGCCUGUGGCUCUACAACCCCAUUACUUUCGCCGUUUCCACACGUGGUAGCUCCGAUUCCAUCCUGGCACUCAUCGUCGUGUUCUCUCUCUUCGCCCUGCUCAAGAGCAGAGACACGGCUGCCGGCCUGGCUUAUGGUUUCUCGGUGCACCUCAAGAUGUACACAGUGGUCUAUGCGCUCCCCAUCUACUUGGCCCUCCAGACAAGACUGCCCUCUGGGUCUGCAGCAAAGGGAGAGUUGGAGAGCUGGCGCUCUUACUUGUCCCGCCUGCUGUUGCCCAACCGACGAAAGCUCAUCUUCCUUGGCUCCAGCGCAGCAUCCUUUUUCCUGCCAACCCUUCUGUGCUACCUGGCUUAUGGUCGAGAGUACAUCCAGGAGGUGUUCCUUUACCAUGUCUCCCGGAGGGAUGUCCGUCACAACUUCUCUCCUCUCUUCUACCCACUGUAUCUGGCCAACCAUAACACGUCCGACAGCAGUGGUGGCAACACAUUUGCUGCACUCUUGCCACAGCUUUUGCUGAUGUUGCUGCUGUCCUUCAAGUAUGGCCAGCUGAAUGACCUGCCUUUUGCCCUGUUCUGCGUCACAUUUGUGCUAGUGAGCUUCAACAAGGUGUGCACGUCACAGUACUUCCUGUGGUAUCUGUGUCUGCUGCCGUUGGUGUUGCCCAAGCUGGGCCUGAGCAUGAGGCGUGGUGUACUUCUGCUGCUCAUGUGGCUGGGAGGCCAGGCACUGUGGCUGGUGCAGGCAUAUUACCUAGAGUUUGGCGGCAAGCCUCUCUUCCUUCACGUCUGGGUGGCAGGCCUCAUGUUCCUUGUGGCCAACACUUUCAUCCUUUGCUUCAUGAUGGCCCACUACCAGAGCCACAUACCUAGAAGCAAGAAGGCCAAGAACAAGUGAAUGUACCGGUUUGAAUUUAGUUUGCUUUUUUGUUGUUGUUGUUGUUGGAGAGCAACCAAAACUGGAAUUGUGUCCCUCAACUGUAGUCAGCAGGCUCAUUUUUGUUCUUGACAGUAGCCACUCAGAACUGCAAAUGCAGCAUAGUCCACCAGAGAUGGCUGUGUCUUCAAACCUGCGGUAGUGUGUGUAGCAGAUGGAAGGUACACACUGGCCUGUCAAGCAGCAGUUUAUGCCUGUGUAUGUGAAAUUACAAUCUUGUGAACUUUGGCACAGCAUUCUUGCAUGGUAAAGCUAGCAGAUUUGUAAAUAGAGGUGAUGCGUGUCAAGCACAAUAAGAAUGUGCAGUGCAUGUGAGGGUUUUUGGUGUCGUGAGCAAAGCUUUGUGCCCUGUAUGUUUCACAGAACGCCUGCAUAUGCACCACAGAUGGAACACUGAGCUUUGUCACCCUGUUUUGGAAGGCUGGGUAGCACUAAAUGUAAAUCUAAUAGAUGGGGCAACAGGAAAGUAAUGCAGCUACCUUGGACGUGCCAUCAUGGAACUUUGCCAUAAGCUAUCUGACAUUAUUUUGUAGGCCAGAAAAGUCACGAUUCAUCUCGUGAGUUGCUCGACGUCGUACGCAGCUUGUCGGAGCUAGUCUUGAACUGUGCACAGAAAUUUUACUGAUGCUAAAGUGCAGAAGCUUGUCAGUCACUGACUAUUCAAAAGUAACGUAUGCCAUUAUUUAAGGGCCAGACAUAUGCCUGCGUACAUUGCUGCCCACGAAGAUAUGACACUACACAAUGUGUUAGGAGACCAUGCAAGUUGAUAGUUACCAUAGAAACUAUUGCCAGCGAGUGUAAAGCCUGUGUGACAAAACACUGUAAAUGUCUCCCACAUGUACACUGUAGUAUGUACUCCUAAUGAUGCAGAAAACAUAUUGUACAUAUAAUACCACCAUCUGAACAUCUGCCUAUGUAUCCGUUAAGCUGAUUUUUUCACUACGCUUUCGCUGCCGGUGACCAGUGAAAGUGUGGUGACCAAGCCAUGGGGCAAGCUAAAUGGCUUGUUGGCUGAUCUGUGUGCUUUUUCUCAUAGUGACAAUCUGAACCCUUAAAACCAAAUUUAUUUUGCAUGGCGUUUAGACAAACUUCUAUAUUUUUGUCAAAAAUUAGUGCCACUCUAUGUAAGCAAUGCCUUCAGCCAGAUAUGUAACAAGUUAUCUUUAGGCACCCAGCACAGGAGCAUAUUUGCAAGUGACCAUCAUCUGGGGAAGCUACUUGUAGCCAUAGAAAGCACACACAAUCAGUAGUUUUGAUGUAGCAUCUGUACACAACCAAAUUCUUUUGACAGUUUAAUUUCUACUGACAGCAAAGAACAUGUGAAUGUUAGAGUACCUUUUUUGUUUGACCAGCUUAGUGUGCUCAGUGAUCUACACAUUCAUUCAUGAAUUCUAAGCACACCUUUACCCCCCUCCAAAUCACAAGCUUCACUUGUUUAGGUGAAUAUAAGUAUUUUAUUUAAGGACUCCACAGUGGAAGUUAUUAGUUAUUUAGGGAUUAAUGUCUUUAAUGACCUGAACUCCCUACUCACAGACAGACCUCAAGCUGAAUUGCCUUCUCAACUCCAUCUACUGUAGGACAGGGCAGCUCCUUGACUGAAACUGUCUGUACUUCAGUAAUAUUCUUCAGUUAUUCCUGAAACAAAGAAUCAGUUGGAAUACAUCUCUAUUCCUGUGUUCUCAAAUAGAAGAGCAGGUGUUAGGAGUGCCCAGUUACAAGAUUUUGCUUGUAAAACUGAGCAUCAAUAUUGUAUCUGUUGAAGCACAAUAAUCACUUUAGUCUGCCAAGCAGAAGAACCUGUAAGAAUGCAAGGCUGGAAAUGUGGGACAUUUGCAGGUGCAUCAUUAAAAUGGGGUGGGUAUAUCAAAGUCAGACAGUGAAAUCUUUCAAUGCCUACAAAUAUUCUUCAAUCACAGUAAUAUGGUAUACUGUGAAGGAAGUAUAGAACAUUUCAGACAGGCACAUGCAAAGGGAAAUGUGUUUUCUUUUUUUAUUAAGAUUAAGGAGAUGCUAAAGAGAAAAACAGGUUGAGCUGUAUUCGUAAUUACCCUUCUACAAUACAAAAAAAGCCACUCUCACUAUGGGACGAGGCUUAAUAAGCCAUAAAGGAUGCAAAAACAAAAGACUGGCCAGUGACGCAUUCCUUCAAGUUUAAAAAAAUUAUGGGGUUUUACGUGCCAAAACCACUUUCUGAUUAUGAGGCACGCCGUACUGGAGGACUCCGGAAAUUUUGACCACCUGGGGUUCUUUAACGUGCACCUAAAUCUAAGUACACGGGUGUUUUCGCAUUUCGCCCCCAUCGUUUCCACAUCAGCUUGUCAUGAUGUAUUUUGACUCCGUCUGCCUGGGCCUUGUUAAUUUUUAUCAGAAGGAAUGUGUUUUAUUCUAAAGGAACAAGGGCCUGAACUUGGAGAUUUUCUAUUAUUGAGCUGCACCAGUCAAAAUAUGAGAAAAUAUUUUGCAAUCUGCGGUGUUACACUGACGUACAGGCACUGUAGUUUCGACGAGAAAUGAGAAAAAAAUGGAACUUUGACCUUUAUUUUCGCCUCUAAUAAUCAACCUAUUACCACAACAUUAGCAAAGAGGGAGUUUUUAAGGGAUAUCUUAUCAGUCUAUUCUAAACUGAUCAAAUGUUUCUUUUUGGCAUCACUCGAAGUAUCAGUGGUAUUCUCAGCAGUUUUUGAAGACAAUUCCUGAUGCACAACCUAAAUCUAGAAAAUUGAAAAAAAUGUCAUUUCUUGCUUUUUGCAAGAUGGUAAUAAAAACCAAAUUCUAAAGAUCCUGGCACCAGAGUUUAUUGAUGUACGGUGCACCUUCUUUUAUCACAAAUGCUAUUAAUUGUAAAAUAGCUUCCUUCUCAACAAAAUAUCAAAUUCUUCAUAGACAUUAGAUGUGGGGAAACUUACUCUUUUCUUUUUGAAAGGAAUAACCCCAUAAAGAGAUUCAUGUUGGAACUUUUAACGUUUGUGAAAUGACCAAAAUUCCCCCUUUUGAACCUGAUAGGUCCUGGACUUGGCGCAGUGGAGUUUUCUGAGCCCCAUCGUGAUGGCUACUUAAGAGUUACAUGGGUAUUUUUGGGCUGUCAGCCUGUAACAAAACAGUGACUUCUCUUUUGCGUAAAAUGUAAGCUGCAGGUGCAACAAGCACGACAUGCAUAGCCAUUUCGAUAGGCCCCCUCUGCACUCAUCCUAGUCUUCUUUUAAAUGUAACUUUAUUUUCUUUAUUCCCCCCCCCCCCUUUUCUUUCCUUGUGUCCGGCCAGUUCACAAGUUUUAUGUAUAACUUGUAUGAUCUCAAUGCAACCAAUAUGGCAUAUGUAGCCAUUUUGACGCUCGCCUCUUGUGCACCUCCUAGUCUUUUAAACGUGUUCCUAUGGGUGGGCAGCGCAACCCAGAUGAAGGACAAAAGGAAGUACACGAUACGAGCGCAGCCUAACAACUGGUUUAUUUUUUAAACAAGAAAAUAAAAUAUACAGAAAAUGUAAAGACGUGUUCUUUUAAACAUGAUUUUUUUAUCUUGUUUCUUGUAUCGAGCCAUUUACAGAUUUUAUUUAUAAUUUCUAAAAUCACAGGACACUUUUCAGUUUAAACCAUCUAGAUGUGGUAAAACGUAAAAGCACGUGCAUUGUAAAUGAUCCCAAGUCAUGUGAAUGGCUGGAAUGGUGACUCGGGUGGUUGUUGAGAUAAGUGCGACUUCUGUUACAGUAGCGAAGCUGCAUGAGCAAACAUGGAAAACGGUACUUUCCACUGGCCCAUUGCUGAAUGGCAUAAAGUUUCUGACAAAAAUUGCCAUACGGAAAUGCAGCGCUAAUGCCUGUGGUAGCUCCCAACGUUGCUGAAGUUUUGAUAGGCUGUGCUGGGAUACGCGUGAGCAGGAGACAGGUGCCCCCAGCCAAUCAGCAUAUAAGCAGCCAAUGAAAUGGACAUGUCCACUAGGUGGACACUUACAGAACAACCCCCCUCCCCCCAGGUUCAGGACUGUUAACAAGCUUACGCAUUUAAUUCUGCAGGCCAAGAGAGCAUGUAUUUCUGCACCUUAGACUCCAAAUCUGCAGCUUGAAAUGCUGAGCAGAAGUGCUUUGGUACUUAACGUUGUGUUAAGAGGUACGAGCACUCAGAAGCAAAUGAAGUGCUAUAAUAUGACAGUGUAGUCUGAAGUGGAAUCUGCACUGGCUUGCUGGAAAACUUUUCUCAAGUUCUAAAGGAUUGUGGUUAGGUGAGUUACUCAUUCUCUUCACAACUAUAGAUGCAUCAAUUUUUCACCAUGGCACAGAAUGUGCCAUUAGCACAAGUUGAAUCGCGAACAAGAAAUAUCUGAUCGUAAUGCCCGCUAAAUGCAACUACAUGAAAAUGCCACGUGUAAUUAUUGUGUAGCCGGUUUCUAAGUGUGAAGUAGUCCCAAGUGUAUGUUUUGGAGUCUGAAUUAAGGCUCUGUUGCAAGUGCAGGUGUACCUGGAAAUGGAACAAUGCAUUGUGGUAGUUUCAGAAUCACUCAUGUUUGAAUUUAUGCUGAUAGUACCUAAGGCCACACAUUCAUAUUAUCGUGCUUCAUUUAUUGCUCUUGAAAGAGUUGGCAUCUUGUCUUUGCAUUGUCGUUUUCUUUCUUGUAGUAGUUUUCUUAAUUAAAAAUACUUUUAUAUAAUAUACACAUGUCACAAGUGUCACCAUUUGACUAUGUUUACAGAAUUUCUGGCUUAGGAUAUGAAGAAAUGUAAUUAUCAUUACAGCUAAAAUACUGUCCAGAUUUAGCAGUGUUCAUUGCUAAACAAUUGUUACUUAAGCAAUCUAGUCCUGAAAGUUGGAUAUGCAAUUUCUGCACAGGAAUGCCAUCUGUUAGAAGACAGCAAAUAUUCUGGCUUAAACAUUAAGGAAUAAAAUGCAGUCAGAACUGCUGGAAGCUUGGCACAUCACCUACAAGAUUUAAAUGUCUCAGGAAAAUUUUCUAUACUACAAGCUGCUGUUGUCACAACACGGAAUGGUCUAUGCAAUAUCUUGGCUCGAUCCAAUAACAAGUAGUUCAGGCCCCACCAGCCCAAGCCAAUUUGACCUAUUGCGGAAGGCUAAUGGCAGAUUUGGGAUAAGAAUAGAUUAGAAUAGUUUUACGUUACCCUGGUCCUUGUCAGUAAUUCACAUGGAAGCAACUAAUUUGCCACUUUCAGUGCACUAAUUAUCACAAUUUCUUUUUUUACCCGUAAUAGUUAGCCAUGUCAUUUGCGAGUGGUUUGCUUCCCUUCAUUGCCAUGGUGGCUAACAGUUGCAGUGUUGCAUUGCCACAAGCAGUGUUCAUGUGAAUGUGUGCUUAAAUAUAGUAAGCUACUUUGGUCCUACGAAGCGUGUGUUAUGUCGAUGCAACUAGCACGCCUCGCAGCGGAACCAGCUCAGUUUGUGUUUUCUGCAACAUUUUAGUGAUCCUGUCCCAUUGAGAGAGAACUUGUAGAAAGGCAGAGGUGUCAGUCUGAUCUAGUGCACUGUAGCCUGCUGCUCUAUGUAGGGGGAAUGGGAAACAGAGAAGUGACGAUGACACAGAUGCACGUAUUACGCAACCAAAGAAGCAGUGCUGCAAGCUUCGAGUCCACUACAUUGUCAUGUAUGAAGUCCAAGAUUGCACUCGGCAGCUGUGCUGCUGCACAUUUUGUGUGAUGUGGAUAUUCUGUUGUUUGUACUUAGUAUUUAUUGUGAGGAAUUAAGUGCUUAUUGUUUGCCUUAGCGUGCAAAAGUAGUGGAGAGGAAUGUAGGCGGCUAGUAGUUUCUUUUAAGCGCUUGUAUGAUGCAAUGCUAAGAAGAGAAAAAAAGCAACAUCUAACUAUGGAUGCUGAAUUUCAGAAAGUGGCCGUGCCUUUGAAAAGGCACGUCUGCUUGGAGGUAAGAGCCAGACAGACACAAGCACCGUACAAGAGUGUGAAGUUAGGCUAGUUGGUUUGUUGUCAAUGUGUUGGGUAACAGUUCAGGUGUGACAGGAGAGAGUGCACACAUCCUCUCCACUAUCCAUGCUGAUGACCAUUGCACUUCAUACCCAGCAGUCAUGGUGAGAUUUCCACCACAUUUUUCUCCAUAGUGCACCAUCUACACUCUGUAGACAAGGAUGGUCUGCUCUGUACAUUGUAAAUAUCCUAGUCAGCUGAGAAACACCCUUCGGUUUUCAUUCGUAAGUGCUUUCCUUCAGUGCAAACAUCAAUUUGUAGCUUAUCAAUUUCUGUAUGGCCCUUUUGUAUGCACUUCUUGGUUGUGUUAUCAAAUAUGGCUGUAUCUGUGGACAAAUGAAGCUAUUUUUGUGAUUCUUCUCCAAUAUGCACCCUCUUGCUCUUGUGUGACUGUGCAUCAUUUCAGAGAUGCAAAUCUAGUGUUCUGCUCCUGAAAUGGCCUAAAACACCCAAUUAAGGAUUGUUUGUUAAUGUAUUUGUUUACACAUUGCAUUGACGUGUGCAUCCCUUUAAAAGGGAAAUAAAGAGGCAAAACAAA